AUGUUAAAACCAAGUGUUCAAACCAAAAAGAAUUUGGCUACGGAAGUAGUAGAUCCACUUAUUACCGCUGAGCCAACAACCAACAGCCGCCUGGCCGAGAUCGAGAUCUAUCUCGGCUUAGUCAGAGCUGCGGUGGCCAGAGAGUCGCCGAAACCGAUACUGGUUCUAGGCGACCUUCGGGCGACGUGCUGCCGGGCGCGGAGGGUCUACAUCCGUUGUCAAAGGCACAACGGUCUCGACACGGAUCUGGAGGGACAUAUGCUGGACGCUUAUCGCCAGCUGAAAAAAGAUCUGCAGCUGGCGAUAAGCAAGGCCAAGGAGAUGGCCAGGGAGGAGCUUCUAGCGGGUCUCAAUCGAGUACCAUGGGGGCCCCCGUACCGCGGUGUGCGCGGGAAGUUCCGUACCCAAGGCGCCCCAGUCACCGAGACGCUGCCGCUGGAUCUCCUCCUACGCCUGGUCGGGGAACUCUUCUCCCAUCCAGGCGAGCGUGUCCCUCCACAGAUGGCCCUCCGCUCCGUGAUUGAAGACGCAGUGGCUCUACCACUGAUCACGGAGCGGGAGAUGGAGAUGGCCCUCGGCCGCUUGAGGGCCAAGAACACGGCACCGGGUCCGGACAGGGUUCUAAGGCGUGUUCUGUGCGACGCCCUGGAAUUCCUGGGUGCAAGGCUUCGGGAGCUGUUCGACGAAUGUCUGUGCAGCGGGCAGCCAAUAGUGCUGCUGAAUGAGACGGACAAACUCUUCGAGAAGGUCCUUGCAGCCGGUCUCAUUCAGCUCCUCGAGGAGGUCGGUCCGGGUCUCUCAGAGGCUCAGUACGGGUUCAGGACGGGCCGGUCGACGAUCGACGUCCUCGACGCCCUGAAGACUCGGACGACGGAAGCGGUGGCCCGAGGGCAAGUCGUCCUGGCGGUGUCGCUCGACGUGGCGAACGCCUUCAACAUUCUCCCUUUCGACACGAUACCGGAGGCACUCCGAUACCACGGGGUGCCGACCUAUCUCAGGAGGCUGCUGGAGGCGUACCUCCAGGACAGGGAGGUCCUCUGGGCGAGGGUCGAUGGGAGGUUGGUCCGGCGUCGGGUAGGCUGCGGCGUUCCACAGGGGUCGGUUCUCGGCCCAAUUCUGUGGAACGUCGGUUUCGACUGGCUGGUGUCACCCUUCUGCUACGAGUGUGGUGCGCCAUUCGAUACGGCGUACCACACCCUGAGUGUUGGAGGCCCGCAUAGGCGGACCGACCGUCAGGGGGUCACGGUAGCAUGA